AAAUUGAUGACAGACCAUCCGUAUAUAAUAAUGACUGUCCUGGGACUUUUAGCUAUCAGGCGGUGACUUGUAUAAUUAUUUCAUUUGCUGUGCUCACGAAGCAGCAUUUCAUCAACCAUGUCUCUUCCAAAGGCCGACUACGUCAGUAACGUCUGGAAAGAUGGCUUGUUUAAGAACAAAGUAGUGUUCUGCACUGGCGGCGCCGGAACCAUUUGCAGCGCCCAGGUCCGCGCUCUCGUCCAUUUAGGCGCCGACGCAUGCAUUAUUGGACGAAAUGUAGAGAAGACCCAAAACAUGGCGAAGAGCAUCGCCACUGCGCGCGCCGGCAGCAAAGUGAUUGGUAUUGGAGAGGUGGAUGUGCGCAAGAUCCAAAGUCUGGAAGCAGCUGUGGAACGUUGUGUCAAGGAGCUGGGUGGUAUUGAUUAUGUGAUUGCCGGUGCAGCUGGAAAUUUCCUGGCCUCGAUCAACCAAUUAUCCGUUAAUGCCUUUAAGUCGGUUAUGGACAUUGAUGUUUUGGGCUCCUACAAUACGGCUAAAGCGACUCUGCCUUACUUGAAGGAAUCUGCGAGAAGACACCGGGUGGACUCUAAAUCAUUGAGGCCAUCUCCGGAAGGUUCAGGCGGCAGAAUCCUCUUCGUCAGUGCCACGAUCCACUACACUGGUAUCCCAUUUCAAACGCAUGUGUCUGUCGCCAAAGCUGGAGUGGAUGCUUUAUCAAAUAACAUAGCAUUGGAAUUUGGACCUCUGGGACUGACGUCUAAUGUCAUCGCCCCUGGUCCAAUUGCCAACACCGAGGGUGUUGAUCGACUUUUGCCUAGUGAUGUUAAGGAAGAAGCUGUCAGGGCGCAGCCUCUCGGGCGGUUUGGAUCCGUGAGAGAUAUUGCGGAUGCCACAGUAUACUUGUUCUCCGACAGUGGAAGCUACGUGUCCGGGCAAACGCUUGUCGUGGACGGCGCUUCAUGGCGCAUGCCAUCUGGUUCAAUUGGCUCCAGUCUUAAAUACCCCGACUUCCUCCUCUCGGGCGAACCGGUUGCUAACGUCAAGGGACAGAAGAACUCGAAGUUGUGAAUGACUAAUGGCUGAUCAAUUGAUGUAGGUUGGAUGUUUCUAAGUGUGUAUAUCGAGAUCGGGAUUUGAUAUGCUUUCUAUUUGCCCGGGCGCUUAUUGUCACUUCGUUCCUCCUUCUAAAUAAUAGAUCGGAUUUGAAUGUGAUUCAAUACUACCUUCGAACCAGUAAAGGAUUUCCGUAACAUAGCGUUUGUAGACGAGCAGAAUCUGACCAGUACACUAGUUAGGCGGAUUGGACAGAAGUAGGGGAAUAGGCAUGGAAUUUUUCUGUCGCAAGCUGAAUAAUUAUGGAGUUUGGAUACGGUAGUCGUCACCAUGGAGAACAUUGGCAAUAAAUAGCAUCAACAUCGCAGUCCAAUCAACAAGAGCAGGAUAGCUGAAACGCUGCUUGUCGCCGGGCUUGCGUCAGCGUCUCCAUUCCCCAGCGCCGCUUUACUGCAAUCAUGUGAGCGCCUGCGA